AUGUCUAAUGCUCAGGAAAAGCCACUCAAUGAGCUCCUCUCACGCUCAAUGGUAGACAUCUACGUCGGACCCGAGAACACGCACUGGAUUCUACACGAAAAGCUACUAUGCCACCACUCGCCCUUCUUCCGCAAAAUCUUCUACUCCAAAUCGUCAACCUCAUCGCGCACGCAGUCGUUUGGCCUCCCCGAUGAAGAAGACGUGCCGUUCAAGACGUUUGUCGGCUGGCUCUACUCAUCCAGCCUACCGGUGCCGCGCGAGGAAGCCGACCUCGGCACAGCCUUCGACCUGUACCUGAUGGCGGAGAAGUUUGAGAUUCCGGCGCUCGUGGCCGACGUGCUGCAGGUGGUGCGCGAGUGGUACAAGUACAGCGAUUCGUACCCGGGCCUGCGCCGCGUGCAGUACAUCUACGCCAACACGGAGGAGUCGAGCCCGAUGCGACACAUGCUCGUGCAUGCUGUCGCGCGCAUGAUGGUCGUGGCCAACACAGGCAUCCCGCCGCACUGGGACAAGGCGCUGCGCAAGAACGGGCAGCUGGCUGUCGACAUCAUCCGCGCCAUCCAGGACUGGCGGCUCGACGAGGAGACGGUGCCGGAUGCGCGUGAAGAGCCGGCCGAGGGCGAGGAACUGGUCGAUGUCGAGGGCGAGACGAGCAAGUUGGAUGAGCAGGCGGAAAAGGAAAUCGAUGCUAAGCUCGCGGGGAGGGACGAUCCGCCCGCAUCGUCAUCUUCAGUGUCUGCGGAUGAGAGCGCAGAGGACUCCGAGGACACGGUUGUCGAGUCGCCGGUUGAAGAGGCCAAGGGCGGGGUGCAAGGGGCCAGCGCAAAGGGAAAGAAGGAAGACGUCAAGACUAACAACAAGACUUUAACACCGAUUCUUGAGAAGGAAUUUGGCAAGUUUAGCUUGAACGAGCGGGGGACUGCUGAUUACGGUACCCUCAAGGCCUAAGACAUUGCCCACGUCUUCUUCUUCUUUU